GUUUGAGUCGCUCUUACCGUGUCCCCCGUCCUCUCCUUUCCUCCUCCUCUUCCCACUCCCCCCUCCCUCCCUUGCCGCCUUCGUGCUAUGUGACUUGAGAACUCCAGACGACUGCAACGUGAGAGGCUAAUUGCGUUUUAAAUACAAAACAAAAAUUGUCCGUUGUUUAUCCCUUCUACACCGGAGAAGCGAGGUGAAAAGUGAAUUUGACGAAACCGGAGCGAGCGAGUGGACGUGGUUGUGGCGGUUGCGGGAGGGGGGGAAAUGUUGGCGCCGCGUCGCCGCCGCAGCGUCUCGGACUUGGGCAAACAGACUGGCUAUUGUCGCUAAACGGCUCCAAGAGAUGGACGCCUUGGUCCGUUCGACAACCCCCUUUUGAAGCACUUUGAGACAAAGCUCCAACGAGGUCGAAAAUGACAGCCGGCCACAUGUUUCUUUUGAUUGUGAUCCUUUUGGUCCCUCUCUGCACAAGCUUGGAAGCCGAAGGCGACACCAGGCGCUCGCAGUGCUUGUGCGACGGGUCGUCCUGCGGCGGAGGCGACCGCUGUUUUGGCCUGCGGUGCUUCACCUCGAUGUCCUUGCUCAACGGGACUCGGGAGUUGCGGAAGGGAUGCAUUGUGGGUAGUGAAGAAGGAAAGUGUGCUACGCCGCCGACUCCCGAGUUGGUGGUGGAGUGCUGCUACGGAGAUCUGUGCAACAUGAACCUGUCUCUGCAGCAGCAUGUUAAAGACGCGGAAGCGUCUGCCGGCAGACCGGCCCUCCGGGAGCAGGAGUGCGUAUGCGAGGGCGCCGCCUGCCAGCCCCAUCGGCGCUGCGCCGGCCAACAUUGUUUCUCCUCGCUCACGGUGGAGGACGGCGGCGCCACCUUCCAACAGAAGGGCUGCCUGAGGGAUGACGACGUGGGCCGGGCCACCUGCGCUGAGCCGCCCUCGCCGGCCCGCGUCGUCAAGUGCUGCCAAGGCCAUCUGUGCAACAUGAACGUCACGCUGCAAGCUCUGGGGAAAGAGGAAGUGAAGCCCCUGGCCAAAGAGAAGCACGAGUGCGUGUGCGAGGGCAGCUCGUGCGCCACGGGGAACCGCUGCAUGGGGAGCCAGUGUUUCUCCUCCCUGACCGUCAACGGCGGCUCUCUGAUGUACCAGAAAGGUUGCUUUAAUGUCUACGAGCAGAGCACCAUGACCUGCAAGACGCCGCCUUCCAGAGACCAGAUUGUGGAAUGCUGCUUCGGCCACCUGUGCAACCUCAACAGCAUCGUCCAGCUUCCCAUCAAAGCCGACGAGCUCUCCAACUACAGCGUGACCAUGCUAGCCGUCGUCAUCGUGGCGCCCAUCCUGGUUCUGAUCGUCCUGUCGGCCAUCGCCAUCCUGGUGUUCCGACGCAUCUACCACAACCAAAUGGAGAGAUUGACAUCACGGGAUGCCGAAUACGGAACCAUCGACGGUCUCAUUGCGUCCAACGUGGGGGAGAGCACGCUGGCGGAUCUUCUUGAUCACUCGUGCACUUCGGGAAGCGGCUCCGGCCUUCCGUUCCUGGUUCAGAGGACGGUGGCUCGACAAAUCACUCUCAACGAGUGUGUGGGCAAGGGCCGUUACGGCGAAGUGUGGCGAGGCCAUUGGCAAGGAGAGAGCGUUGCCGUGAAGAUCUUCUCGUCCCGAGAUGAGAAGUCCUGGUUCCGAGAAACCGAGAUCUAUAACACGGUGCUGCUGAGACACGAAAACAUCCUUGGCUUCAUCGCCUCCGACAUGACGUCCCGCAACUCCAGCACGCAGCUUUGGCUCAUCACCCACUACCACGAGAUGGGCUCCCUGUACGACUACCUGCAGCUGAGCACGCUGGACGCGUGCGGCUGCCUGCGCAUGGCGCUCUCCAUCGCCAGCGGCCUGGCCCAUCUCCACGUGGAGAUCUUCGGUACCCAGGGCAAGCCGGCCAUCGCCCACCGGGACCUCAAGAGCAAGAACAUCCUGGUGAAAAUAAACGGCCAGUGUUGCAUCGCCGACCUCGGUUUGGCCGUCAUGCAUUUCCAAGACACCAACGAGCUGGAUGUGGGAAACAAUCCCAAAGUAGGCACCAAGCGCUACAUGGCUCCCGAGGUGCUGGACGACUCCAUCCAGAUGGACUGCUUUGAGUCCUACAAGAGGGUGGACAUCUGGGCCCUAGGCCUCGUUCUGUGGGAGAUUGCCAGGAGGACGGUCAGCAAUGGUGCGUCUUCUCGGUGUCCAGCAAGAACCACACGUUGCUUCAUUUGUGAGAAUCUCACACGUGCUCUCCCCAUAGGCAUCGUUGAGGACUACAAGCCUCCUUUCCACGACGUAGUUCCAAGCGAUCCCAGUUUUGAGGAUAUGAAGAAAGUGGUCUGUGUGGACCAGCAGAGGCCCAACAUACCCAACAGAUGGUUCUCGGACUCGACUUUAAUCUCAAUGGCAAAGCUGAUGAAGGAGUGCUGGUACCAGAACCCGUCGGCCCGACUAACGGCGCUACGUAUCAAAAAGACUUUGACAAAGAUCAACAGCUCCGUUGACAAAAUGAAAACAGACAUUUAAGCAUACCUGGCGCCCUGUCGCAGGCGCUACAGUACUUCCCGGAUGAACACGCCCAGCCCCUUCAGCGUGCCCUUAUAGCGGCACGGCCCUGUAUUUAUUUUCAAAGACACCUUUUGGCAUCCAAAGAUGGCUGAGCGAGCUCUUGGGAACCGGACGUUCAAUAUUAAGCAAUCUGGGAGCUGGAGUUUUGCUGUUAACCUGGAUGUUAGUGCUUUGGUUUUUGCGCCUGAGUUUGGAGAAGAGGUCGCAUCGAGUUUUUUUUUUUUUUUCUUGGCUUUGUUUGUUAGCCUUGUUGUAAAAAAAAAGCGUCCAUCACUCUUCCAAUGUCAGCAGUCCUUCAAACAGGUGUAUAGUUCUGAAUCCCUUCCUUUUGUUUGUCUUAGUUGUGCACAACACAAGAAUAUCUGUUAGGUGAUGCUGAGGUUAGCCAUCUCCUUCGCCCUUAAUGGAGGCCUGUACUCUUAAAUUUGCCUUUAUACUGUCUUAAUGUGCAUUGUCAAGUUCAAGAAGUCAAACUUCAACCUUUUUUUUUUUCGUUAACAUUUUAUAUCGGCUAGUGGUUUCUAUUAAUUAAAUAGAAAACAAGUA